AUGGACGAUGCUAUUGUUUGUGUUUUCCACCAUGGAGGGAAGUUCAUUAAUGAUGAUACCUUGAAGUAUGAAGGGGAGACAAUAACUUUGUCCUUUGACCCUGAUAUGUGGAGUUAUUUUGUGGUUGUUAGUGUGAUGAAAAGUUUUGAAUAUGAUAAUUUUAAACAUUUAUGGUACUGUGUAGGAGGGGGUUUAGUGUUGGAAAAUAGGUUGAAAGAAUUGAUUGAUGACACUAGUGUCAUGCAUAUGGCUAACUUAGCUAGGCUCAAUGAUGAUGUUCAUUUAUAUAUUGUGUAUGUUGUUUCUGAGCCUGAAGUGAUACAUAUGCUUGAAUAUGUUACUAAUGAUCAAGGAGAAGUUGAAGGUCAUGGUGAAGUAGAAGAAGAGGGUGAAGAAGAUGGUGACGGUGUUGAAGUAGAUGAUGAAGUUGAUGAUGGUGAAGUUGAUGGUGACUUAGAAGAGGUGCAUGAGGGUCAAGAAGAUGGUGAUGUUGUUGAAGUAGAUGGUGAAGUUGAUGGUGACUUAGAAGGAGUGCAUGAAGGUGAAGAAGAUGGUGAUGGUGUUCAAUUAGAUGGUGAAGUUGAUGGUGACUUAGAAGAGGUGCAUGAGGGUCAAGAAGAUGGUGAUGUUGUUGAAGUAGAUGGUGAAGUUGAUGGUGACUUAGAAGGGGUGCAUGAGGGUGAAGAAGAUGGUGAUGAUGUUCAAUUAGAUGGUGAAGUUGAUGAUGGUGAAGUUGAUGGUGACUUAGAAGAGGUGCAUGAGGGUCAAGAAGAUGGUGAUGUUGUUGAAGUAGAUGGUGAAGUUGAUGGUGACAUAGAAGGGGUGCAUGAAGGUGAAGAAGAUGGUGAUGGUGUUCAAUUAGAUGGUGAAGUUGAUGAUGACUUAAAAGAGGAGCAUGAGGAUCAAGAAGAUGGUGAUGUUGUUGAAGUAGAUGUUGAUUGUGACUUAGAAGGAGUGCAUGAGGGUGAAGAAGAUGGUGAUGGUGUUCAAUUAAAUGGUGAAGUUGAUGGUGACUUAGAAGAGGUGCAUGAGGGUCAAGAAGAUGGUGAUGUUGUUGAAAUACAGGUUGAAGGUCAUGGUCACGUACAAGAGUUGCAUGAGGUUGAAGAAGAUGUUCAUGGUGUUGAAGUUGAAGUUCAAGUUGAAGGUCAUGGUGACGAAGAGCAAGAGUUGAAUGUGUGUGAAGGAGUUGUGGAGGAUGAAGUUGAUCUUUGUGGUUGGAGUACAUCUACUGAUGAAGGUGAUGUACAUGGAAAUAAUGAGUGCUUAGAGGGGCUAGUGGAUGUGAGUGUUGAAUGUGAUAUAGAUGGUGAAAUAAAUGGUAAUGUGGAAGUAGAAGUAGAAAGUCUUAAAGACAGUGAUGAUGUGAGUGUUGAAUGUGAUGAUCAUGAUGAUAGAGGUUUGUCAGAUGGGGAGUGGAAAUCUGAGGAAUUAGUUACUGCAACAGAUAAUGAUGAAGAGGUUAAUGACAGUAAAGGUUAUGAGAGGUUUAAUGCUUUUUGUAUGUCAAAAAGUAUGGUGGACUUUACAUGGGAAGUAGGGACUUUUUUUCCAGAUAAGCAAGAUAUUUUAGAUGCUGUGAAAGGGUAUGCCUUGGAAAAUGGGAGGAAUAUAAAGUUUGUAAAAAAUGACAAAAGAAGAUUGAGGAUGAAGUGCUUUGGUGCAAAAGGAAAAUGUCCAUGGACCAUAUAUUGUGCUUAUAUGGAGGUUGUGAAAUCAUGGCAGCUGAGAACUAAAAAUGGCAUUCAUACAUGCAGCAGGGAGUUCAACCUCAACUUACUUGACGCCAAGUGGCUGAGCUCAAAGUUGGAGAAAACAAUAAGGGAAAAUCCUAAAAUGAAGGGUGUAGAUAUUCGUGAAAAAGUUCAAAGGAAGUGGAACAUAGGUAUAUCUAGGUCUAUGGCUUAUAGAGCCAAAGGUAUUACUUCUGAGCACAUUGAUGGGUUCUUUAAGGAACAAUAUAAGAGGAUAUAUGAUUAUGCACAUGAGUUGUUGGGAAGAAAUCCUGAUUCUACAGUUAAAGUGCAUGUUGAGAAUAAUGAGGAUGAGAUAAUUUUCAAGAGAUUUUAUUGUUGUUUGAAGGCAUGCAAAGACAAUUUUGUCUGUUGUAGGCCAAUAAUCGGAUUAGAUGGAGCCUUUUUGAAAGGGAAGUAUGGUGGUGAGCUGUUAAUAGCUGUUGGGAGAGAUGGAAAUGAUUAAAAUUUGCCCAUUGCAUAUGCGGUGGUAGAAGUGGAAAACAAAGAUUCAUGGUCCUGGUUUUUGAAUCUUUUGAUUGAUGAUCUUGGUGGUCAAGAAGUAUGUUCAUCAAUAACUUUUGUGUCAGACCAACAAAAGGGUCUACUACUAGCCAUACAAGAGUUAUUCCCUGGUGUUGAUCAGAGGUUUUGUGUGAGACACUUAUAUUCAAACUUUAGGAAGAAAUUUUCUGGUAAAAAUCUGAAACGGUUGAUGUGGAGGACAACUACUGCUACUCAUCCACAAAAUUGGGAGGGGGAAAUGAGAAACAUUAAAGAUGUCAAUGAAGACGCAUUCAAGCACUUGAUAGCCAUCUCUCCAAGAUAUUGGUCAAGGUCCAGAUUCAGUCAAACACCAAAAUGUGACACAUUGGUCAACAAUAUGAGUGAGGCUUUCAACAGUGUCCUAGUUCAUACCAGGACUAAACCAAUCGUAACAAUACUGGAAGAAAUCAGGGUGUACAUCAUGCAAAGAUGGGCAAAAAAUAGGUCUAAGAUACAGUCCUUGACAGGAUCAAUUUGUCCAAAGAUCCAAACUAGAUUUACAAAGGAAUCCCAAUCAACCAAGAACUGGAUUCCUAGGUAAACUUUCUUUGCUUCUCAAUUGUAUUCUACUUUUUUCAUUCGUAACUAAACUUUGUUCCUUUUUGUUAUAAUUUGUUCACAGCUGGUCAGGAAAAAAAUUGUUUGAAGUCAGACACGUCUCCCAUAGUGGAGACAAAUUUGUUGUAAACAUAGACGACUUGUCAUGCUCCUGCAGGAGAUGGAGCAUCACAAGAAUUCCAUGUUGUCACUCCCUAGCCGCAAUGAAGUUUUUGAAUAUUGAUGGACAACAGUUCAUUCUAGGUUGUUUUAUGAAGUCCACCUAUGAAGAAACAUAUGUAUCAAUCAUAUAUCCCAUCAACGGCAACAACAUGUGGGACCUAACACCAUAUCUGGAUGUCAUGCCUCCUACCAAAAAAGUUAUGCCUGGAAGACCUAAAAAGAAAAGAAGAUUGGAACAGUGGGAAAUAAAAAAGGAUGAUUCCCGAUUGAGCAAGGCUGGUUUGCGCAAGAGAUGCAGGCUAUGUAGGGAGGUUGGGCACAACAGGAGUCGUUGCCCCAAAGCAACCCAACAACCUACCCAUGAAGCUUGUCAUGACGAAGAAGCUCAACCAUAGUAGUGUCUAUGAAUGUUGAUGCAAACUUUAAGGAUAUUUUGAUGUAAUAGUACACUUGAAGAACAAUUAUUAUGCUUUUGGAUGUACUGUUUCACUACAACUGCUUUUAAGACAUAUAUAGCACUUUAUAUUUGUAUUUGACACUGAACAGUG